AUGGCUGCAGUUUUCUUUGAUCCCAGGCUUAACCAGCUUCAAGUAGGCAAGAACAACCAUGGAGUUAUCGAAGAAAUCGAAGGACUCAUAAGAGUCUACAAAGAUGGUCAUAUUGAGAGGCCUCUAGCCAUCCCAAACGUCCCCUGCACCGCCGCAUUAGUUGCUCGAGUGGCGGCAAAAGACGUUUUCAUCAAUAAGCACUCGAACUUAUGGGGGCGGAUUUAUGUUCCGAGCUGCCCAGCAGGCGAGCUGCCUUUACUUGUUUACUUCCACGGCGGUGGAUUUUGCAUUGGCUCAGCCUCUUGGAGUUGCUACCAUGAGUUCCUAGCCAAUCUUGCUUCCAAAGCAGGCUGUGUGAUUCUGUCCGUAAACUACCGCCUCGCCCCUGAAAACCGUCUCCCCGCCGCGUAUGACGACGGCGUCAACACUCUCAUGUGGGUUAAACGGCAGUCUUUAAACGUGUCCGGUGAGCACAAGUGGUGGAUAAACCAGUGCAAUUUCUCCAGCUUGUUCCUAGCUGGUGAUAGCGCUGGUGCCAAUAUUGCUUAUAAUGUGGCUACGAGGUUAAAUUCUGGCGGCGCAUUUGAUAGCAACAAGAUUAAGCCAUUGUGUCUCAGGGGUAUUAUACUGAUCCAACCUUUCUUCGGAGGAGAGGCGAGGACUGCGUCGGAAACUCAACUCGCUAAUUCUGCGCUGACUCUAUCGGCUUCCGAUACAUAUUGGCGGUUGUCGCUGCCUUUAGGGGCUAAUAGAGACCAUCCAUGGUGCAAUCUUGGCAAAUGCACGGCGAGGUUGCAGGAACUGAGGCUUCCGGCGGUGAUGGUGUGCGUAUCAGAAAUGGAUAUACUUAAGGACAGGAAUCUGGCGUUCUGCAACGCCUUGAUCGGAGACGGCAAGAAGGUAGAAACGGUGAUGUACAAAGGGGUCGGACAUGCAUUUCAAAUUCUACAUAAUUCUCAGUUCUCUCAGGUCCGAUUACAAGAAAUGAUGUCUCAUCUCAAAGCGUUCAUAAAUCGAUAA